CUCGCUGCCCCACGACAGCAGCUCUUCUUAAGCGCAAGGUCUGGCUUGCUUGAGUUCAACCCACCUCAGCACCACCACAGCCUCACCCCAGCAUGUCGUCGUCCACCGCGCCGCCGCUGCAGCUGCUCGGCCUGCCCUUCUCCACCUACACGCGCACCAUCACGCUCGCGCUCAGCGCCGUCGAUGCCUCGUUCCAGUACACCCAUGUGCCGCCGCAUGACGAUCGUCUCGCGCCGCACUCGCCCUUCGGCCUGCUGCCCGUGCUGCUGCACGGCGAUCUGACGCUGUACGAGUCGCGCGCCGUCGCGGGCUACCUCUCGGCGCAGCUGCCGGCGCUGCGCUCCCUCUUUCCGCAAGACGCAGCAGCGGCCGCACGUGCCGAACGCUGGAUCUCGCUCCUGAGCAGCCAGCUCUUCCCGCUCGCCGAGCCGCGCCUCGUCAAGGCGCGCCACGCGCUCGAAGAGGAGGGCGUCGCCGAGGAAGAGGUGGCGCAGAAGCUGCAGCCGGCGGUGGAGGACAUGCACGCCUUGCUCGAGAAGCUCGAGCCGCUCGUCGAGGCGGAGGCGGGGCCGUGGCUCGUGGCCGGACAGAAGAGCUGGGCAGACUACUUUGUGCUGCCGCCGCUGGCAGACCUGGAGGCUACGCCCGAGGGCAAGCUCCUCUUUGGCGCCGACACGCGCGCGCCCAAUCUCACGCGCUGGCUCAGGCACAUGCUGCAGCUGCCCGAGGCGGAGAAGACGUACGAGGGCACCGUGGCGCAGCUGCGCGCGGCGGGCAAGAUGGGCCGGAAAUGAGCAGCAGCAGCAAAGGAACAGGCGGGAAAGCAAGUGGCAAUCGGGAUAUCAUACAGCGUGUAGCGCGGGAAGAGGGUGACAUGGUGAUACAUAGGC